AUGGGACAACUCUUUGGUGUUGAUAAUCCAUUCCUCAUGGGAUAUAAUGAAGUUACAACAGGGGCGGGUACAAUCCAGGGUACCAAGGAGAACAUCACAGCAUUUGGAAAAACCUAUGAAUACUUUGCCUACAGAGGGAUACGCUACGCAAAGGAUACAGGUGGUGCGAAUAGGUUCAAAAAACCGAUUCCCGUUGACAAGUUCAGUGGAGUUUACAAGGCCACGGAAUACACCAACUCUUGCCCGCAGCCAUCUUUUGGUUGGGACUUGCUCAGCAUAACAGCCGACCCAAUGUUUAACACACGCACCGGGGAGGACUGUCUGUCACUGAGUGUGUUUACUCCUACAGACAAGGGUACUACGAAGGCCGUGAUGGUGUGGAUACACGGAGGUGGUUGGCUUAUUGGAGCUGGCCUACAAUACUUCGGAGGUCUGUUGGCACCUUUUGGUGACGUAGUCUAUGUUUCCAUCAAUUUCCGACUGGGACCUUUCGGCUUUCUCUAUACUGGAGACUCAAAUGCACCUGGAAACGUGGCCUACUUUGACCAACUCUUGGCUUUGAAAUGGGUGAAGGAUAACAUUAAGGAUUUCGGCGGCGAUCCGGACAUGGUAACGAUCUUCGGUGAGUCUGCGGGUGGAUAUGACGUAUCAGCUCACGCGAUCUCCCCACUUUCUGCCGGGAAGGGUUUGUUUAAACGGGUCAUAUCUAUGAGUGGCUCGGCUGUCUCCCCAAAGGAAAACCCCAUGAAUCUAGUUAACGGAGCUGCGAGUGCUGUCAUCACCAGAAAUCUCGGUCUUAACCUGCGCUGCAACGAUACUAACAACCCGACACUUUCCAACUCCAAGUUACUAGUUGCAUGCCUUAGGACGAAGAGUGCGGAGGAUAUGAUAAGAUAUACAGACAUUAAUGGUGUGUUGCCUAAGGACGCGGUUGUUAAAGGCCUACUCUCGUUCAGGCCCGUUUUGGACGGGGAGUUCUUUCCGGUGCACCCAGCUUACCUGAUACAAAACAAGUCAUUUGCCGCCUACCAAGCUUUCAAGGACGUUGACUUCAUCGUCUCCGUCACCAGCAACGAUGGAGAGAUUAUCUUCUCGAGUGCAAUCAUACCGUUUCUCAUGCCGGCUAACAUCCAUCAUCCCUUCCUUAUUCCGAAGGAUUUCAUGCACAAAACCUUGCUACCGGCCGCCUAUCCAUCCAGCACUCAUCCCGGGGUAGCGAUGGCAGUGGCGCAGGAAUACAUCGUAGAUGCGGACCUCGCCGCAACGAAUUCCUCUCUGCGUAGGCGUGAUGCACUCAUUCAAGCACUUACGGACCAAUAUUUCGUGACUGCCGGAAUUUCAGCCGCUCAAACACACGUGGGCAUGGAAGGAAAGGGAAAAACUUGGAUGCUGUACUUCGACCACAACGCCUCUAUAUUUCCUAAGGUGUACGGCCCAGGGAAUGCUAACCAUGGUGCUGAUGUCGCGUACUGUUUUGGGUUUCCAGCGAUGGCAGAUAACUUUGUUAAAUUACAUGGAGCGAAGGGUCAAGCUCUUUUCACAUCAAUAACGACGAGGGAUGUGGACAUAGCGAAGGCCUCAAUGACUUAUUUCACCAACUAUGCUAAAUUUGGGUGA